AUGCUAUCUGUAGAUGAUCGAAUGAGGAGGAACGAGCCGAUGAGAUUCAAGCAUCUAGCCUUUAUCCCAUUGAUGUUGGUGGGGAUAUGGGGUGGCCAGUGUCUUAAUGCUUCCCUGAUGGAAUGGAAUGUGAGACUCACUGGCCACUCAAGAUGUUUUGGAUGGCUGGAGAUUUUUCACCAAGACAAACUGAAAAGAAUUCAUAGCAACAGUUGGAAGCAGCAGAAUGCAGAAGUUGCAUGUAAACAGCUUCACUGUGGUCCCCUUUGGGGCACACUGAAUCAGACUUCUACAACACCGAACACACAAGAAGAUUGCAUGAAAAUAGGCUGCCAGGGGGAUGAAAUUGCCCUGAAGGACUGCAAACUACAUACAUCUAACUGCACGCAAUAUGUGAAUGUGGCCAUACUCUGUCAAGAUCCUAUUAAAAUCUUCUCUGGAUUACUCCAGACAUCAGCACCAUUGGUGACCUCCUCAACGACUCCUGACCUCCUUAGGACCAGAUUAGAAGCUGUAACCUCACUAUGCUCUGGGACAGCAGGACAGCACUUAGGAGACAGCCAGGAAAUGGUCUGCAUGCACUUACAGAGAUGGUGGACAAAACUGGCCCCCAAGAUCUGCCAGGAAGCAGACUGUGAUGACUCAAUAGAAAUAAAGGACCAGGGGAAGAUGCAGCAGCCUGAGCAGUGGGCAAAGGUGCAGUGUGAAAAAAUGAACCUUAGCUUGGAGUGCUUGAACCGAACCAAGGAAUGCUUGAGUAUAAGCUUACUAAAAUGUUCAGGCCAAGAUGCCAAACCAGUGUCUUACACAGAAACCAUCUUAAGAAUCCUCUUAGGUCUGGUCCUCACAGCAGUCUUCCUGGUUAUUUGUGUCCCCCUUGCCUAUAAAAAACUGGCAAAUAAAUAUUCCAAGAAGAAGCAGCACCAGUGGAUUGGUCCAAAUGGAGUGAACCAAAAUGUUUCCUUCCAUCGCAACAGCUCCUCAGCCUUCCAUGCACGACCUGAAAGCCAAGGGAUUCAGGAUGAGGAGAAAGGCUAUGCUCAAGACCUCAACAAAAAUUCUUACCUCUCACCGUAUCCAGCUCUGGAAGGGGCAGCCUAUAGAUCUUCCAACCCUUUAGAGUACUCCUCUGACAGUGACUAUGAUUUGUGUUCUGCGCAACAGCUAUAAAAUCUCCCUAACAGGCACAGGCAGAAUUCAAUAAAAGAGAAAAUGAG